CUUUUACACAUCAUAUCUUAACAAAUCUUCGUGUUUGGGCGGGACCGUACGAGAGCAAGCGCGGAGUAAAAUGGCAGAUUCCACCGAAGAACUCGAGCCCCUAUUCGAUUACAGCCGCGUUCAGCUUCUCAAUUUCGUGUGCCUCGACGAUGAUGAUGAUGCGAAUGCGUCUCAAGCUUUAUCCUCUAAACGGAGGAAGAUUUCCGAACCUAUUGUUGUCGAGGAUGUGGAGGAAAAUCCGAAGGUAAUACAUAUUGUGGACUCUGACAAAAAGGAAGAGUUGGAUUGGCUAACUCCUCCACCAAAGGUUUCAACCGAUAUUCAGAAGAUGAUUCAGGAGGAUCCUACCAUCAUGAAUCUAAGGUUAAAGAAGCAAGAGCUCGUGUCAUUUGCACAAUCAGCUGAAGAUGUGUUGCGAGCUGUGGAGGAGUCUGCAAAAAGAGAACUUGGCAAUUCAAUUCAAUCUUCUUUGAAGACUGUCGCUGACCAAUCAUCAAAGCCUUUCGGUAAAAGAGUUAAGAUAGUUAUUUCAAUUCAAGACAAGAACGGGCUGAAGCAAUUUCGCAUGUACAUGGAUGACCACUUUGAGCGGCUCUUCAAAAUGUAUGCAGAUAAAGUUAAGCUUGACAUACAGAGCUUAGUAUUUUGUUUUGAUGGGAAUAAAAUAAGUCCAGCAGAAACCCCUGAUGGCCUUGGUAUGGAGGACAAUGACAUUAUUGAGGUACAUGUAAAGCCAAGCUGAUUGAGGUUCAUACUUCAGUCACGGCACUUGAAUCGUCUUUGUGCCACUUUUGGGAGAUAAUGUUCCUGGUAGUGAUACAGAUUAAAAAAAAAAAAAAAGAAUUGGGCCUGGUGGCUGGUAGUGGGGUUACUCUUCAGAUCCUUUUGUACAACUAUAGUUCUUUUCUGUUUUUUGGUUGUAUGAUAUCUAGCCUUCAAUUGUACAGUGUCAUGGAUAUUACUGAAAUCGUUUAGGAACAACAGUUAUUGCUACAAGCUGAAGCAGCUCGGUCGUGAACAACAAAUUGAGAAAAGAAGAGAGUGCCAAUUGUAAUGUCUACCCUUGUAUUUAUGGGAACUUUUUUCUUCAUGACUAGCUCAAGCUUUAUGACAAUGGAAUGCAACGAAUGUUUAUGCAGAUGCUUUAGCAUAUUGCGAAUGUC